AGAUGACACUUGAGGAGGAGUCGUCUUCUUCUCUUUCCAACCAUCUGCUGCUCAGAUGGUCCUCACUGAGCGCGCUCCUUGAGGGCUGAAAACUGCGCAACGCUCUUCAUCAUCUUCAUCUGCUCCACCAUGAAAGUUCUGCUGGUCUGGGCGCUCCUCGCCACAUGCACUUUCCUCAUCUGCGGCCGUGAGGACGUAGAGGAGAGGCCGCCAGGCGGGGGAGGGCUUCAGGUGAGGGAGGUCAGAGGGCUGGCCGAGCGGCGCCAACCGGGGGAGGAAGGUAAAAGGUCAGACGAGCCCGCCGGGCCGGUGGACGCAGAGAGGACCAAGACGAAGAAGAAGAAAACGCCAGAGGAGGUGGAGGCAGCCAAAGCUAGGAAGGCGGCAGAGAAGGAGGCCAAAGCAAAGAAGCAGAAAACCCCAAAGCCCACCAAAAAGCCCAAAGCUCCAAAGCCCACCAAGAAGCCCAAACAACCCAAAGCCACAAAGAAACCCAAAGCCACCAAGAAACCCAAAGCGGCUCCCACAAAGCAGCCUGAGACGAAGCCACUGACGGAACCCAGCAGGGACACAACAACCAGUCAUGUGACCACAGUCCAGCCAAAGUGGGAGGAGCCUGAAGAACCAGACCUGGUUAAGGCCGUCCCGGGUAACAAGCAGCUGACAACUCCUGAGGUCAUCAUGUACAUUCCAGAGGAGACCACCGCCGUGCCCUACGUGGGACCCUGGUACGAAGAGUACGACUACGACGACCUGUCCAAGAAGAAACAAGAGGAGGAGGAGCGAGAGCGGGAAAUGGCUCGCAAGGAAAAGGCUGAAAAAGCCGAGCGUCUGAGGAAGAAGUGGGAGGAGGAGGAAGAGGAGCGACUCAAACAGAUUUCACAGCCGCCAGAACCCAAAAGUAAGACAACAACAGAAUCCAGACGCGUCGUAGUGUCUCAUGUCAAAGAACGAGACUUCUUUGUGGCGUCUAUAGAGUGUCCUCCUCUGGGUUUGGAGUCUCACCGCGUGGAUGACGACCAGCUGCUGGCCUCUUCUCAGUCCCAUCAUGGCUUCACGGCUCAGAGGGGCCGACUCAACAUGCAGGGUUCGGCCAGUGAGGAGGAUCUUUACGGGGGUGCGUGGUGCGCAGAGCCCGAGGAAACCAACAGCUGGUUUGAGGUGGAUGCCCGACGAGAGGUGGAGUUCACGGCUGUCAUCACGCAGGGAAGAAACUCUGAGCAGCUCGAGGACUUUGUGUCCUCCUACUUCGUGGCCUUCAGCAAUGACAGUCGUGAUUGGACCGUUCUUCACGAUGGCUACGCUGAGUGGUUGUUCUACGGGAAUGUGGACAAGGACACCCCGGUCAUGAACCAGUUUUCUUGGCCCGUGGUGGCGCGAUACCUCCGCAUCCUGCCUCAGAGCUGGAACGGAAGCUUGUGUCUCCGGGCCGAGGUUCUGGCCUGUCAACUUCCCAGCAGCCACCACAGCGAGAACGAAGUGAGGUCCUCAGACGAGCUCGACUUCAGACACCACAACUACAAGGACAUGAGACAGAUGAUGAAGGUGAUAAAUGAGGAGUGUCCCAACAUUACCAGAAUCUACAACGUUGGUAAAAGUUCUCAGGGCCUGAAGAUGUACGCUAUGGAGAUCUCUGACAAUCCUGGCGAGCAUGAGCUAGGAGAACCAGAAUUCCGUUACACAGCAGGCCUCCACGGUAACGAGGCCCUGGGCCGCGAGCUUCUCCUCCUGCUGAUGCAGUUCCUGUGCAAGGAGUACAAGGACGAAAACCCUCGAGUGCGUCGCCUGGUGGACGGUGUGAGAAUCCACCUGGUGCCGUCUCUCAACCCUGACGCGUACGAGCUGGCGUACGAGGCGGGUUCCGAGAUGGGGAACUGGGCUGUGGGACAUUGGACGGAGGAAGGCUACGACAUCUUCCAGAACUUUCCAGACCUCAACAGCAUCUUAUGGGGGGCGGAGGACCGAGGCUGGGUCCCUCGUAUCGUACCCAACCAUCACAUUCCCAUGCCAGAGAACUUCCUCAAUGGAUCACUCGCUGUGGAAACCAAAGCCAUCAUUUCCUGGAUGGAGCGUAACCCUUUCGUGCUGGGAGCUAAUUUGCAAGGCGGAGAAAAGCUGGUCACAUACCCUUACGACAUGCAGCGUCCGCAGAUUUCGUCGAGUGACAGCAGGCACUGGAGGGGCAACGCCGAGAUGAGCGAGGACACAUGGACCCGCAUUCAGCGUCAGAACGAGGGCGCCCUGAGGGAGACACCAGAUGACGUGAUGUUUCGCUGGCUGGCCAUGUCGUACGCUCACAGUCACCUGACCAUGACUGAGACUCACCGAGGCUCUUGUCACGGGGACGACAUCACUAGAGGCCAGGGCAUCGUCAACGGUGCCAACUGGAAGCCUGUGGUGGGCAGCAUGAACGACUUCAGCUACCUGCACACCAACUGCUUGGAGCUCUCCAUCUUCCUGGGAUGUGACAAGUUUCCGCACGAGAGCGAACUCCCGCUGGAGUGGGAGAACAACCGCGAGGCUCUGCUGUCCUUCAUUGAGCAGGUCCAUCGGGGGAUAAAAGGUGUGGUCAAAGAUGUGGAGGGAAAUCCGCUGGCCAACGCCACCAUAUCGGUGGAGGGGAUACGUCAUGACGUCAUAGCUGCUGCGGGUGGUGACUACUGGCGUCUGUUGAAUCCCGGAGAGUACCGCGUGACGGCGAAGGCGGACGGCUACACGCCUCAGACCAGACUGUGCAUGGUGGGCUACGACUCCGGGGCCACGUCCUGCAGCUUCACCUUGGCCAAAUCCAACUGGGACCGCAUCAAAGAGAUCCUGGCGCUCAACGGCAACAGGCCCAUCCGAGUGGUCACCAAGACCAACGAGGUGAAGGCAACGGCGGCCAGCAACACAGCGGUGGUUGCUAGCACCACCUCCACAGAGGACGAGCACGCCGCCGCCCAGAGAGCGGAACGGCUCAGGCGGCUGCGAAUCCUGCGUCUGCGUCGGCUACGUCUGCAGAGGCAACGAGCUGGCCUCGGCAGCACGCCUGGUACCACCACCACCCCAACUACUACUACUACUACUACAACUACUACCACAACACGCAGCACUGAGACCACCACAUCCUGGUACGACUCCUGGUUUCCUGUGGACAACUGGUCCACUGAAAACCCGUUUGACAGCAUCAUCUUUGACUCGGUGCCCACUCAGGACUACCCCUUUCAAUUCACCAUCGACUGAAAAUGAGCAACAGGAAGAGCCAACAAGUCUAAACUAGCUUCCAGGACCACGACAUCCUCUUAAAACUGCUAUGACAACAACACGUCAUGUUGAAGGACUUUCACCUUCUGGAUUUGACCGCUGUAGCACUGAUGUUUGGAGCUAGGUGUCAUCUUAUGCAGGAUUUAUGACUUCAUAUCACUUAUUGUUGUUUGUGCAGUUACAGAAAUGACUUACAUAACAACCAUCCAGUGUAGACAAUAACACCAGACUGGAGCUGUCAUAGUACAAUAAACAGUUCCUGAUAAAUGAAGUGUACUAGAAGAAGACCGUGAAAGACGCUUCCAGAACACAGAAGCACUGAAGGAUGAAUUGGUUCUAGAACAUUCUGUUGAAAUAUGCUGUAAAUGGCUUCCAAGUUCAAUAAACACAUUGAGAACAAAUAAGACUUCUAAAAAAAAAAA